UGAUACGUUUUGCAGUUAUGCACAUCUUUCCUUGCUGCAGUCGAAUUUGGAGCCACAAAAAUCGUAUUACCGAGCUCAUCACCGGCACUUGAAAGCAGCAUCAGACACCACCAAAACACAAAUGUCCUUCCCUCCCGGCAUUUUCACGCGUGCCGUUGCCAUGGAGCUGAGUUGUUGCUUUUCUCCGGCUUACACAAAGUGGAAGGUUGUGCUUUAAAACAAAGUGAGGACUUGUUAAAAAAAACUUGGCAAAAGUGAGAGUGUCGUCGCUGUCCAGACGUGCUGCGUAUGAGAACAAAGUGCAAGGACUUUUUUAAAGUGUUUCCAGCCACGCAGCCCAUAAUGAGUGGCAGAGUGGCAAGCGGCCGCUUGCAGGUGCUCCAGAUCUACCGCCUGCUGCAGUACGUCCAUGAAGGGGAUACAGUGCAGAUAGAGAAGAUGGUCAAACUGGGGCAGGAAAACCUCAUCAAUCUCACUGAGCCACAAGAUGGCACAGGGGUGCUUCACCUGGCAGUUUCAGCCAACAAUCAGGACUUGGUGAGUUUCCUUCUCUCCCAGGGAGCACACCCCAACAUCCAGGACAAGAACGGCCGCACCCCGGUUAUGUUAGCUGCCGAGCUGGGCAAUGAUGCCAUAGUGACACUGCUGGUCCAAAGAAAUGCUAACCUCAGGCUAAAAGACAGCAAGGGCCAAGGUGUGCUGUUCUACUGUAUCUACCCCACCAAGCGCCACACCCGCUGCCUGCAGGUUGCACUCAAGUGCCAAGUAGACGUCAACGAUGUGUCAGCACAGGGGAGACAUGUCUUCCAGUUGAUGUGUGAAAAAGCCCAAGAGUGCACCCCUAUGUGUCUCAUCAUGCUGGGCGAAGGGGCAGACCCCAAUGCAACAAAUCAGAAAACAGGCGUCACAGCGUUAAUGGAGGCAGCCAGGGCAGGCUCCCUGGAGCUUGUCAGAGCAAUUCUAAAGAGAGGGGGAAACCCCAACGCCCUAGACCGGAAGCGCUUCACAGCUGUACACUAUGCAGCCAUGGGGGGCUUUUUUGAGUUGAUACAGGUGCUGUCUGCAUACGCAGCAGACAUGGGCGUGGCUAACCUAGAGGACUGCACAGCCCUCCACUAUGCUGCUGCCCUGGGAAAUGCUAACUGCUGCAAGUUCCUGGCACAGAGAGGUUGUAACCCAAAACUGAAGAACCAGGAAGGUUUGCUGCCACGUCAGAUUGCCAAGGACGCCGGUCACAAAGCGGCUGUCAAGGAGCUUAAGAAGGCCGAGAGGCAGCAGGGAAAAGGCCGCAAGCCCGACGGCGGCGACGGCCCCACUUCAGAUCUCUGGGCCCUGACCCUCCACGACUGGUCAUAUGAGCACGAGACUAAACUACGGCAAGCCUUGGGAAACCAAGCAGAAACGGUCACCACCCAGAUGUUUAUUUCUGUGUUGGAAGAAUUGAAAGCUCCGGUUGAACUAGACCAGCUCCAUGCAGUGAUCGCAGCCCAUGACAAGGACAAAAAGGGACGCAUCAAUGUUAGCGAUUUUCUCAAAGGUGUCAGGUACAUCAAGAAACCAUUUCUCGUCUCCACGUAUAUGCCUAAAAAUAAAAAGGGAGAAAAGGGUGGGAAAGGAGGUAAGAAGAAGGGCAAAUUUGUCCUCACUUUGCCCAUUUGCACCCUGCCGUCGGAGCUUAUGGCCCGGCGACCAGACGGAGGCCCGCCCAAAUACAUGAUAGAGACAUACUACAACUGCUCCGACGUCCAUCGAUUCGACCGCAGUCACACGCAAGAGCAUCCCAUAAUGAAUGACUCAGGGUGGUACAUAGAUAAGCCAGAUAAGGUCUAUGUCAGCAUCAACUACUGUGUGAAAAGUGGAGACCUGCAGUCUCUGGAGCUUGCUCUCAACCACGGGGUUCCAGUGGAUGUCCAGGACGAGUUCUACAAGACGCCGCUGAUGGUGGCCUGCUCCAGCGGCAACUACGAGGUGGCUCAGUAUCUCCUCACUCGUGGGGCGGAUGUAAAUGUGUGUGACCAGUUCUUCUGGACACCCCUCCACCACGCGGCUCACGCUGGCCAAGUGGAGAUUAUUGAACUUCUGGUGGAGGCCGGGGCCAAAAUAGAUGCCCGGGCCCUCAGUGGAGGUACGCCCCUCAUGCGGGCCAUUGAGAGCUCUCGACCCUCCUGUGUGGACUUCCUCAUCAAGGCAGGAGCCAGUGUCAAUGCCGAGAACAAAAAAGAACAAAACUGCCUCGACAUCGCCAGAGCGUUUGCAGACUCCAGGAUUAUAGACUUGGUCAAACAAAAGAUGGAUUCUCUGCCUAAACCAAAGGACGCAGCGAAGGGAAAGGGGGGCAAAGCGCCAAAGCCUAAACCGGCUAAGAGCGUUGCUGCAGAAGGUGCAGUGCUCAAAGAGACGUCAACUAUAGCAGGGAAGACUCCUCCUCAGAAGGAUACAAUGAGUGUCAUCAUGCAAAACACCAGGAUCACUACGGGAAAAACCAACGCGCUGGAUAUCUCCGUUGUGCCAAAAACGGUUUGGGGGAAGCAGCCCACCACCAGCCAGCUGAUGUCAAAGAUAGAGAGACGCAAAGAGCUUCUAUCCCUCGAGGUGGACUUUGACGACUUCAUGAUGCCUUUCAGCCAGAACAUCCAGAGGAAAACGCUGGAGCUGGCGAAAACCACAAACUAGACCAAAAGGACAAAGUUACAGUAGGCAGCAAGAGACACUCACACAUUUUGGAAUCAAAUAUCGGGUUCCAUUUGUAGGCCAACUCGGAGGACGGAAUUUCCGGCGUCAAAGUCGGAAACACGCCCCCUUGAAGGGAAGUUGGGCAAACUCGCAGUACCCUCAAAAUCCAACAUGGCUUCGCCCUGCAUCAACAGUAGUGAAAGCUGUAGUUACAUACAGUUAUUAGCCCUUAUCUGUCUUAUUUGUGUCUCACUAAAUCAGUUGUACACACAGUCCUGUCUAAAUUCUGUUGACAGGACUGUGUUAUGCUGUUUGUAUGCACAAAAAAAUCUGUUCAAUGCAUUGGUAUCUACUGGUAUUGUUAACAAUGGCUAAUCUGUCUAGAGCAAAUCCUACAAUGAAAAAACUGACUUGUAGUCAGUAGAGUUCUGAAAUAAAGGGAACACACCAAUAAGCUUCAUCCCAAAUUCCAUUCUAACAUGCCAUUUAGUAAAACAGAAUGUGACAUUUUUAAAGUUUGUCCGAAACCUUUGUAUAAAACUAAUAGUACGCGAAUUGCAUACCAUAUCGGGUAAAAUGUGACAGUAUGCAAUACUGAACAGUACACAUUGCAGUGCAGUAGUAAUAACAACGACCUAAGCAGACAGCAGCCAAGGAGCUCUUAAAUGCCAAUAACGCCCUAAUUGACAUUUCUACUUGUUUAAACGACUGUUGGUUGACUUUCUACAGUAAUUUAAGCAUUAUCAGGCGAUGCUAGAGCUGUCAGCAUGGGGUUACCAUGGUUAUACGUCUUCAACAACAAGCAGGCUCUCAGGAAGUGAAAUUUCAGUUGAUUGCGUCCGAAAAGAUACACAUUACUGCUUAUUUACUCAAAGUAUGUUGAACUAUCGUAUACGUAUUGAGUAUGAAGUGCAGGGUGUGCAAUUCUGCACGCAACCGUAGUUCUGUCAGACAACUCAGGUUUAAAAUGUUUCUUAUAACAGCAUAACAUGGUGUUGGAUGGCCAGAGUCCGACCUCAUCGUUCCUUGCAGUUUGGCUUACAUGAGAUAUUGGGGAGUGAUGAUAAAGUUUUCCCCCCUGGCUGGAGCCCGCAGGUGGAUGCCGGGGUGGUGGGGGGUCUAAUAGAAGGCAGUGAUACAGGUGCAGGGCAGCAGCAGCAUUGGCAAGGCAGAGAUGGGGAAAUGUGCAGCUUAAAAAGAGGGGGGGUGUUUAGAGAGUGAGUCAUGUCACGUGUGUGUGUGUGUGUACAGCGGUGCAGCUCGAGUUGGCUGCCUGUACUAGCCCACAGGCAGCGCCCCAUUCUGUUAGCUGAGUCGGCUGGCCACAUGCAACAGUCACAGACGUCACAGUUACUUUGGAUUCAUCUUUUUUUCAUCAAAAGCAUCACAAACAAAGUUGGUUACUAACCAAAGUUACCUAACUUCUCAUUUUUAAUCGUGUCAUUCAGUAUAAGAACAAUAUCAAUACAUAUUUAGAAAUUAUUUGGACAGUGCAUGUAUCAUUUCAUCACGCUAACUUACCAAAGGUAAGCAAACUGCUUUUAUAAAUAUUCAAACUUCAUGCCACACAGAUUAAGUAACAUCUCACUUAAAAAAAUCGUUUUGUUAGGUGUACACCGUUCAGUACUGUAUAUUCAUAAUGUUCAGCAGGAACUGUUUGUACUGUAUUUCCUGGCAAUUGUCAAACAAAACAAAAAUCUAACAGAUGUACUGUAUAUGUUUUGUCAAUACACUGAAACAUCCACUGAAUACAAUAUUUUGUAUUUAAAUACAGAAUUUGUGGCUACAUGACUUAUUCUGCUUUUAUCUUGGUGAAACUGAGAGCCAUUUUCGUAAUUAUAACCUCGUGACCCUAACCUGUUAAAGGAAAGGUUGACAGUUGUUCAAGUUAAUUGUAAAACAACACUCAGUUGACCAUAUAGCAU